AUGGAUUAUAUUAUUUGCCCUAGCAACUUUUACUUCCUUUUUUCCUUCCCUUGUAUACACCACCAAUCAACCCCCCUCCCCCUGCAACGAGGAGGGUGCCGAUAAGCCGAAAAAUGUUAUUACACUGCUUGCAUGCUAUUCUGUUAUAAGCAAUGUGCUGUUUUUGUAUUAAUAUUGUGUUUUGUAUCACCAUGUGAUUACAAUGUUUUGAUAGGUAAACAGGGCAGCUUAUAAAACAGAACGUAGGACUACGACUGGUAGUUAAAUGGAACUGUGCGGUGCAUAUGCAUGUGUACAACAACACUGUCAACAGGUGUAUUGUAAUGAUGGCAAAUUUCUCAAGUUUUGGUUUUCUUCAAGUGACACUGCACCCAUUUUCAAGAAUUUUAAAUAAUGCAGCAAAUAUGUACAAUGUUCUUAUUCGAUUUUCCUUUAAGGAUAUUCUUAAGACAUUUUUAAAUUUUUGUCUUACUAUCGUGAAUAUUUAUCGGCAUGGUUGUAAUUUUCAAAACUUUCAAGCUAAAUUGUAUGUGAUGUUUUAGGAAUUAAAAAUUGAUUCAGCAUGCAGAAAGUGAAAGACGCUAUAGACAGACUGAAUAAUGCAUUGGAUGGUCUGUCAUCAUCAACAACAAGUACUCAAAAUAAUCCAAAUCAGAACAUCUUCCAGAGUCCAAACUCACAUCCAAGUCCAAACUUACAUCCAAGUCCACAACAUCAGAGAAUUCUACAAGAUUUCAAUAAGCAAUUUCCAGCGUUGAAUGCUGGUGGUAGCCGAUAUCGCCCACAAGCAAAGAAACCACGUCUCUCUAAUAACUUCAUUAAGGACACAUGGACCCAUAAAUUCUGUGCACUGAGCUACAAAGAUACAUCAGUUUCACCUAAUACACGUGAAUUAAUGGAGCUAAACCAAGUUGGUCUCGGAAUUGAAAAAGUUGUUUUUCCUUCCAAAACUGGAACACAUGCUAUGCUUCUGGAAGAGUUAACAAAAGCUUAUCCAAAAUUAUCAUCACAGAGUGGUGGCAUUGAACUUCUGAGGGCUGAGAGUGGUGGAAUAAACCGACCAUUGGUGUUGAUACCACCAAGAAAAGAUGGUUAUUCUAUCAGCUAUUUAAAAAAUUUAGUACCCGGUCACGCUGUAAUAUACAUCAGACCAGUGCAGAGCGACUUACCAAUGGAGGAACCAACUAUGGAUUCAGGUAUUGAAGUUAACUGUGUACGAUGUAAUCAGAAAUAUCCGUUAAAUGAUUUAAGAUUCCAUCAAGCUUAUUGUCAACUUGAUGAUGACAUUUUUCCAGAGAUGAUAGACGAUGAAGCUGGGCCAUCGAAUGAAAAAGAAGUAGGAAGUACUUCUCCCCAUAUCGAUACUUUGUCGGCAAUGUUUCCUCGAAUCUCUAAAGCCACAAUUCAGGACAUUUUACGGAAUACCAAAUCUAUCGAUGUGGCAGCCAAUAUUUUGAGUGAGAAAAGUGCAAGUGAAAAUAUGUCUGACAUGCUGCAAAUUAAAUGUGUAGAUAAGGACAUGUCUUUAAAAGAAAUUCUCAAUCAAAUUACAUCUCUUGCUUCAGAAAAUGAUACAAUCACUUUGGAAAUUGAACGUGACAAUCUUUGGAUGGAAUCCUUGAGAUUUUACAAAAGGAACCUUGUGAAUUCUCAAGUUAUGACCAAAAAAUUGAUCAUUGAGUUUAAAGGAGAGGACGGCCUUGAUGGUGGGGCAAUGAAAACCGAAUAUUUCAACCUUUUGUUAGAAGAAGUUAAAAAUCGUCUAUUUGAAGGUGAAAAUAACAGUUUGUUGCCUGUGAAAGACAUCACAAAAGCUGUGCUUUUCAAAGUUGCUGGUAUGAUUAUCGUACAUUCAUUGAUUGCUGGUGUUGACACCGGCUUCCCAGUAUUAGCAAAACCAUACUUUUUACACAUGUGUGGUAGAGAUACCGACAGUUUGAUUGAAAGUUUGAAUAAAAGCCACAUACCAGCAAAUGCAACAACUGAAAAUUUGAUUGAAUUGAUUGAAUCACUUGAUCAAUGUAAAACAAAGGACGAUAUAGACAAACUGCUUUACAAGGACAAUCAGAAGCAAGAUGUGUUUUGGUCACUUAUUAAUUCUGCGCAUUGGCCUGCCGACAAGAAUAUUAACAAAGAAAAUGUCCCAUUACUGGUUCAACAACUCAUUUUGAAUGAUGUGAUAUUGUCACGCCGAAACUCUUCAGACAUGUUAUUCGAAGGUUUGAGCUCGUGCAAUUUCUUGAAUACGAUUCGGUGUCAUUGGAAAGUUAUGGAUCAAAUAUUUUGUGCUGGUUAUCGCAUGAUUGAGAGUAAAGAAUUUAUCAAAUGUUUUAGUUUUGACGAACCAACUUCCUUCGUGGAGACACAGGCAAAGAAAUUUUUUCUGUCGUUUAUUGAAAAAAGUGACAGUAUGACAUUGAGUAAAGUACUUGCCUUCUGUACUAGUCAUACAGUUGUUCCACUGGAUGGUAUGAAAAAUGAAAUCAGAGUGAAAUACAUGUCGGAUGAUGAAAAAAACAGUAUGUGCAAAUCCUCUGCAUGUUUAAAAAUAAUCUACCUACCUACAGUUCAUUCUGUAGAAAAGGCGUUUCACAAUAUGUUGGCAACAGCUUUAGCAUGUGAAUCAAAGGGAUUCGCAAAUCCAUGAUAAUUGUAAAUUUUUAGGGGCACUAACGAGUUUAUUUUUUUCCUUCAAGGUGAUCGAUUUUUAGCUUAUGUUGUCAUUGUUCUUAUUAUGUUGUCAUUGAGAAAAAAUGCCGAUUUUUUUUCUUUUUCUUCCAAAAUAUGCCUCACUUCUAUAAAACUGAUUUUUUUUCUGGUGGGGGGGAAUAUAAAAAUCCUGUCAGUCCUAUGCAAGAAUUCUUCCAGUGAUAUACAUACUUUUAAUGAUCAGAUUGAUUAUGAUUAGUCUCGAAUUUAUGACUGACUUGUACGCUCCUUGAAGUCUAUAUAUACUGCACAUGCAUUUAUAAGUUCGUCUUUUUGUUGUUCUAUUUUGUUUGUUUUCUAACUUUUAUAUGGAAAAGAUGUAUGGUUAUAGUCGUGAUCAAGUUACGCAUUGCAUUAUCAUUCAGCUGUGCUAACCAAGAAGAUAUUUUUCUUUUCUUUUUAUUUCACAAGGGUUAUGUUUGUUAUUUUGUUCUUUAUGUGAAAAAAUGUUCUACUUAUAUACGGUCGACUCACUCAGAGAAAGUUAUUUAAAAACAGAACUGUUAUCGUUAAGUAACUUUUAAACAUAUUUCGAACAUUUUGGAGGGAAUUUCGUCUGGCAUUUUUAGGAUUUAUUGUAUGAUUAAACAAACAAGUGGUUUUGUUGACAUUUCGUGUACUUAUGCAGUACUUUUAUUUUUCAGAAUAUAACAUGAAUAUACAACAAUUGA